UCCAGUUACAGGGAUGACAAUGAGUAGUUUCGAUGCCUUGGAGGCGGAGUAUUUGCAUCAAUUCGGAGUUGCACCACGUAAGUCGGACUGCAGAGGCAGCUGCAUAAAAUUGACUUGGCUGCGGGACCUUAAAGAAAAUUUACAGUUGACUGAUAAAAUUGGUAUUUAGAGGUAUGUCAAGUGCCACAUUAUGUUUCUUAUUGGGACGAUCUUGUUUAGGGAUAAAUCAGGAGCAGGUGUGCACUGGAAGUUUCUACCCUUGCUUCGUGAUUUUGGAAGUAUUAUACAAUACAGUUGGGGAUCUGCAUGCCUAGCACACCUCUACAGGGCGUUAUGCCGGGCAUCUCGAGUUGACUGUAAAGAAAUAGAUGGUCCACUAACACUUCUGUUCGGUUGGGCUUGGAUCCGACUGCCAUAUCUAUCGCCGGUUCCUAGGGAGCCCCGCAGUUUUCCGCUAGCAAACAGGUGGCGGAACUGGGAGCGUGGUGACCGACGAUAUAGAUAUAUGAAGCUAGCUGACUUUAGGAAGGCCUUUGAUGAACUUCAGGAAGGCCAGUUUGUGUGGGUUGCGUAUGCUGUGGAUCGUGUGGAUCCGAACAUAAUUUCUGCUGAAAUCUAUAUGCACUCGGUUGUCUGGAGCGCUACAGUACCUUUGGUGUCAUUUGAAUGUAUCGAGUGGCAUGCUAUCGAUAGGUGUAGGCGACAAUUCAGUUUCGUUCAGGGAGUACCUAAUGAGGAGCGGAAUCUGGACAAGGCGCAUGGAGAAGUCCUAACUGGUCCAAAGAAUCUUAACUAGGCCACGGCACCGACUCAUUACAGUUGGGUGAUGCAUUGGACAAACAGGUAUCACCACGUUCUUUCUGAGCUUCCCAUGCCUUCACAGCAUCCGUUGGAUACUUACAUGCAUUGGUACCGAGGAAAUUUUGGGGACCGUUUGAACUUGUCGAAUCUUGUGGGUGAAGAGAAUGAUAAGGGUAAUCAGAAUUUGGAUGAGGGUAAUCAGGAUAUGGAUGAGGGUAAUCAGGAUAUGGAUGAUGCCAAUGAAGAACAGGAGCCACAUUCGCCUCAGAUACCACCUCCAAAUCCGCUUCCACAAGACCAACCUCAGUUCUCAGGCCAGUAUGUACCUCAGACACAUUUCAACCCAUCAUUUCCACAACAUCAACAAUAUUAGGGUAUGUCACAGUUUGAACCAGGCGAAGGCGGUUCUUUUAGCCAGUUGCUUGGGUUUAUGGCUGGAGAUGCAGGACAGUCACAAUAUGGCCAUCAAACUGAGUUCAUGCCAGGGAGGUAUUCGUUGGAUGCGAGGUAUUCGGGCCAUACCUCAUCGGUGGCUUCUGGAGGGUUUGUAUCUGUUGACUCUAGUAGGAGUGACGGUAGACGCGGAGUUCUUAAUAGUCAAAAUCCACACCGUGUUUUCAUGGGACUCAUUGAAGAAAAUGCUAACACACUCGAGCAAGAGACCGAUGCGUAUCUAAUGGACAACCCGGAUGACGAGGACGAUGAUGAGGAGGAUGAAAUAGAGGAGUUCGAUAAGGACGAAGAGUCCCGUAAUGAUGGUCAGGCAUGCACUCCGGAUGACAAAUCCAAAGGUUACAAUCUGAGGAUUGAUC